AUGAUCGGUGGAUCGGAUUGCCAAGCAGUUGAGCGGAUGCCUUCUUCAUCAUCAUCAUUGUUUUUAUCGGAUGUUCGCUGUUUGCAUUGUUUGAAUGCUUUCGACUGGGAUAUACGUCGACCUGUAACAUUAGCGUGUGGCCAUACAAUCUGUAUCCCAUGUUCACGACAACUGCCGAUGGGAAAAUGCCCACAUCAGUGCCAAACAUCGUGCAGUACGAUUAUCGAACAUCUUCCAAUUAAUUAUCCAUUAGCAAGAUUUGUUCUUGAUAGUGCUAGAGAUGAUAAGAUUUGUCAAAAUAGUGAAACGAAAUAUGACGAUUAUCUCAUGCGUACGAACUUAGAUGAAGAAUCAAAAUCACACUUCAUUUCAACUCAAACAUUAUUGCAAGAUAUGCAGGAAUUCGUAAAACCAAUAGUUAAUCGAUUAUCCCGUCUAAUUAUUGACAACUUUUUAUCAUUACUCAAUUGUCAAUAUUUGGGGCAUGAGGGUCGUGUACAAUGCGUAAAAGCAGCGUAUUCGCUUGGUGAGCGAAUAUUAAGGGAAUAUUUGGUAAAACAACACACGUUACAUCAGUCAGCAACAGAUUUAUGGCAAGCAAUCAAAAGUCGUGGAUGUCGAUUUCUUGGACCAGCUAUGCAAGAAGAAGUGUUAAAAUUGAUUAUAUUAGCAUUACAAGAUGGAUCAGCGAUGACUAGAAAAGUUUUGAUAUUAUUUGUUGUACAAAAACUACAACCAGGUGCAUCUAAAACUAGAAUUGGACAUGUUAUACAGUUGUUAUAUAGAGCAUCUUGUUUUAUGGUCCAAAAACGUGACGAUGAAUCCUCAUUGAUGCAACUGAAACCUGAAAAUCGUAACUAUGAGGCAUUACGACGUGAGCAUGAUGCACAAAUUGUUCAAAUAGCACAAGAAGCUGGUUUACGUAUAUGUCCGGAACAAUGGUCAUCAUUACUAUAUGGAAAUCCGUCGCAUAAACUGCGAAUGGAAACAAUUCUUGAUAAAGUUCUCCAGCAAGAACAGCAACAAACAUCAUUAACAUUUCAACAACAAAUACAAGAAUUAACUCAACGAAAUAAUGUUAAUGACAGUGAUGUAAACCAAAAUUUAAUUAAAGAUUUUCAAUUAUUACAAACCGCGGUUGACUCGACAACAGGACAUGUCGAUGAAACCUUCGUAUCUAUGCGUGGUACAUGUGAAAUAUUACAAGCACUUAAAAAUAUUUUCCAAGUCUUUGCUGAAAUGAUUGUCGAUUCGGCAACAACGUCACAUGCAAGUAGUAAUGGUGACUUGAACUCGAGUGCAUCUCCAAAAUAUAAAGUAUCAUUAUGUCGAGACCACAUACAAAAAGGUGCAUGUCCGAGAGGCAUUCAUUGUACAUACGCACAUUCGAAACAAGAAAUGGAUAAAUUUCGUGCAAGUGCAAAUAAUGAUCAUACCGUGAGGCAAUCCAGACCUUCAUUAAAUCAGACAACAAGGCCAUGGCAACAGUCGUAUUCAUCAACCACAGCUGAAGGUACUCAACAGCAUUAUCAUCACCACUAUCACCAUUUACAUCAACAUCCUACUCCACCUCCACCUGGCUUUCCACAGCAGCCAUUUCCAGCGGCAUCGAUGCCGGGUAUUAUUCCAGCUCAAGAAAAUAUUGUUCUCACAGCUGCACUAGCACAAGCAAUGUUGAACCCUCAAGCUUACUAUCCGAUUAUUACACUAUUACAACAACAAAUGAUGAUGAAUGGAUCAUUUCCAGUUAAUGGUGUUCAGCAACCAUCACAACAGCCGUUGUAUUCAUCUGUGCCAACACCUUCCUCGUUUAGUUCAAGUGGUGUUGAUGGUCUUCAAUCGUUUAACCAUCGUACAGCGUCAAGAAUCAACGAACAGUUGAAUGACACAAGAUAUUCACCGCUGUCACCGUCAGAAUUAUUUGGUCGAAUUAAUCCAACAAAUAUGUUAAAUGAAGUUUAUACCCGCUCGACCGCUGCUCCUAGACAAAAUGAUCCAAGGAAUCAGUUUUUGACGGACAAUUUAUAUUCAUUAAUACAAACACAUCAGCCACAAAAUUUUCCAACUGAUCAGCGUCGACCAUUACAAACAACGGAUUUGAGUUGCAAACUACCAUUUACGGGCACAAACACAACUGCACGUACAAAUCAAACAGAUGAACCAAAUUUAUUUUCUAUUCAUAUACCAGAAGAAAACUAUGAUAUUUGUCGUACUCGCGAUAGAGAUUUGGAUGAUGUUGUCAAAUCGUUUGAUUCAACAUUUCAUUUGCAAAAACGUAAUGGAAGUAGUCAAUUGUCAUCGUUAUCGCAAUCAAGUGGACAAAGUUUUGAUGAGGAUGACUUUUGUUUAAUUGGUUCAACGAACGAUCAAUAUCCACCAUUGUCGAUCUCCAACAACCGACAAUUCGUUGAAACAACAAACUAUCAUAAACUUAAUUGA